AUGAUUCUCAUUAUUAACACUCACGCAGAAUCAUUCAAGGAGUGCAAUAAUGCCGCUGAAGGCACUUUUGUAGCGGUUGAGCACAAUUGCCUCGCAUACAUAUACUGCCUAGACGAAGAGUCAUUCACCGAUACAUGUCCAGUUGGCACUUAUUUCGAUGCAGAGCAACAACAAUGUUUGCUAGACGAAGAUGGCUCCAAGUGCACAGCUUUUAUGGUGCAACCUACACAAGCAGUGGAGCAACAGCAGGUAUCAACACAACAAGCGCUAACUGAGGCUACGGUCACUACAACGACUACUAGUGGCUCGCUGUCGACAAGUACUUUGUCACCACGCCCACAUUGCAAACCAACUAUAGAUGAGUAUUUUCCAUAUCAGCAGCGCUGUGAGUACUACUAUCGCUGCACGMGCGGGUAUUUGAGUAUAUUGCGCUGCAGUCUGGGCUACGGCUGGGACUUUUUGCAAGAGAAGUGCAUGUCUCUGAAGGAGGCGCAGUGCUUUAAGGCUCUGCGGGCGCAUGUUUCUAGUUUUUAA